AUGGCGCUGCAGUUCAUUGACCAGAGCCUCAGCGGGAUAGGCCGCUCUGACAGGCGCACCAUCCGCUCCCAUGUCAUGCGCGGCAAGAAUACGGGCAAGCAGCGCCGAUCCACUAAGAAGCAGAAGAACGUCGCAGAGCUCAAGUCGCUCCUAUGUGCUCCAGGAUUCGGAUACGUAAUCCCGCGACAGGUGCUCUGGAGCGACCUGUGUGUCACUUCGUUCCCUCAAGAGCUCGACUCCCAGUCUAUGGCGCUUAUGCACCGAUGGUUUUUUGAUAUUAGUGAUACGUUAUUUCCGCCGCAGUUCUGUACUAAGUUCGACAUUAUAAAAUCGAUUUGGGUCAACUACAUUCUCGCAGAUGAAGCAUAUUUCCACAGCACUUUGGCUAUAAACGCGUCUUACGUUGACUUCUUCCAACGGAGACCGGCAAUAUCGCCUAAGACUCUUCACCAUAUCUCCAAGGCGUACGCUUUAGUCAAUAUUAAGCUAUCGGGUCCCUCCUCUGUUUCCGACAGCGCUAUAGCUGCUGUAGUUAGUCUCGCUAUCUACCAACAAGUACAUCACCAGCCUGAAAUCGGACUAGUACAUCUCCGCGGGCUCUAUCGCAUGAUUCAGCUGCGGGGUGGGAUCAGCAAGCUAAUGCAAGAAAAUCGUGCACUGGCAAUGAAGCCGUUGAGGCUAGAUAUUGAAUUAGCAAUGCAAAAUGGUACGCCCACCUUGUUUCGCGGCGAUGAAGUGCCCAUUCACUCGGUCUUAUGCGAAACCGAUGUCAGCAUUGGGCAGUUUCCCCGAGCUGCCUUUUGGAUGCCACCCAUGAUGCUAGAUCUGUUCAGUUUCUCAAAGCUGCUCAACGAAGUAGAGACAAGCUCAAAACCGAAACUUGACCCUCUAGACUAUACAGAGACACUUUUGUCGCUCCUUUAUCGCCUUGUAGACGUCUCGCCACCAAGAGAAGCCCCUACCAAGUCCGGAGGUCCCUACAAGCAUUUGACAUACCUUGCGAUGAUAUCAUUCAUGACGACGAUGCUGCCUGAGUACGCCCGCGAUGGAGCCAGCUUCUCCCUUCUUUCUGAUGGUCUGGAAAGCGCCAUGCAAGACCUCUGCCCCACAGCAUCAGAGUCUCCGGACUAUAACUCACCCUUGAUCUUAUGGACUCUUUUCAUAAGCGGGAUAUCGGUGUUAAAUCUGAAGGACCAUUACUGGCUCUCGCCAUUGAUCGCCGACUAUUGCACAAGGCUAGGGCUGGAGAAUUGGGCUGCCAUUCAGCGGCAGCUGAGUUGGUUCCCUUGGAUAUUCAGUUUGCACGAAGAUCAAGGCCGUCGUCUAUGGGAACAUGUACGACUGGGGAGCAGAGAGGUUUCAUGGGAUAUUUCAUCACGAACAUCGUCAUGA